UAGAAAUUGUCGCAAGACACAAUUGUGAUCAACUUCUCAGGCACGCGACAGGAAGCAUUUCUGUUGUGUGAAAUGAGCAUAUCACAUAUGGAUGAACGACCGGCCAAGAAGAGACGCUUCUUCGCUGACAAAGGCUCAACCCAAGAUGCCUCUCUCGCCUCCGAUCCCUCUGGCCCUGACGAAAUUAACGCCCUCCCAGAGAACGAACUAGAUACUGCUACGGCGACCGAUCCUACACAAGACGCGACAUCAUCGACCGUGAACCGUUUCGAUCCAUCUCUCUUUCAAGCCUUCAUCGGAAAUGAGGCUCCUCAAUCCACAAUCAACGCCUUGCAACGCAUCUGCGGCAACGAUGUAGAAAGAGCUGUCAACAUGUAUUUUGAUGGCUCGUGGCAGAACCAUCCUCUGAUAUCCAAUACUACUUCAAUCGCCUCACGACCUACCCGUCCGAAAAUCAAUGACUACCCGAGCACCGCUACACAAGAAGUUGAGGUUCCCAAGGUCAAUCUAGCUGCUAUGCCAAACAAGAGAUAUAUUGGUGCACUGGGCGUUGUUGGCUGGACUACUCGCAGCGGUACUGGAAUUAUUACAUCGGGAGAAUUGGUGAAGAUCGAAAGGGCCAAGCCGUCGCAACAAAAGGUUGGCAAGGGAGGCAAGUUCAGAGCUUCGACUCGCCAGGAUGUCAUUGUUCGCUUUACCAAUGCCAAAGGAGAUGAAGUCGGCCGCUUGGAGCAGGACUCUGCCGCUUGGAUAUCCACUCUCAUGGACCAGAACAUAUGCCACUUUGAGGGUCACUGCAUCUUUGCUCCUGACCGCGUUCGCACCAAUGACACCGUCUAUCUCCAGCUACGAUGUUUCUUCUUGAGGGACUGUUUCACAGCUGGCAACUUCAUCAAACCGUUGGACAAUAACAGAGAAACUGGUCUUCAUGAGGCAAAAGAGACAAGAGACGAGAAGGACCUGAGAUUGCGACAAGUCGCUCUGGUAAAGCUGUUCUCGGAGAUCAAUCUCCACCCAUCACGCGCCAACUCCGCCACCGAAAAGCACAAAAGAGAGGGUAUCCUGCGUGCUGCUGAGAUCCCAGAGCAACCCGAAUCAAGCACUGCUAAACCAGCCAAAUCUUCCGACCAAGCUCCUUCUUCUCCUCCUUCUGAUGAUGCUGAAGACGGCCAAGAGCUAGAACAAGAUCAGCUCGACAGUCUUUACCGAAAGGCACAGUCAUUCGACUUCAACACACCUGUCAUGCAGCCGGCAGAGACAUUCGUCAUGGAUCUUCGAAAGUAUCAGAAACAAGCCCUGCACUGGAUGGUGGGUAAGGAGCGAGAUCAGAAGUCCGAGCAUAAAGAAGCUUCAAUGCAUCCCCUUUGGGAAGAGUACAUGUGGCCUACAAAAGACGCAGACGACGCGCCUGUGCCUGAAGUUGAGGAGCAGCCGAGCUUCUAUGUAAAUCCCUAUUCUGGUGAGUUGUCGUUAGACUUUCCAAUCCAAGAGCAAAACUGCCUCGGUGGUAUUCUCGCCGACGAGAUGGGUCUUGGAAAGACUAUUGAGAUGCUCAGUUUAGUACACACGCAUACUUCUGAAUUUGGUUUACAAGGCUCCAAGAUGUCGACGGUCAUGGACCUGCCACGCUCGCCAAAGACUUCUUCCGGUGUUGCUCGUGCGCCAUGUACGACUUUGGUCGUCGCGCCUAUGUCUUUGCUGGCGCAAUGGCAAAGUGAGGCAGAAAAGGCCUCCAAGCCUGGAACGCUCAAAACAUUAGUAUACUAUGGCACCGAGAAGAAUGUCAACCUGAAGACGUUAUGUUGCGAAGCCAAUGCCUCGUCAGCUCCCAAUGUCAUCAUCACAAGUUAUGGCACAGUAUUGUCAGAGUACAACCAAGUUGUUGCCGCUGGCGGUGAUCGAGGAUCAAGCGGCGGAUUGUUCUCCAUCGAGUACUUCCGUGUCAUUCUCGAUGAAGCACAUUCGAUCAAGAACAGACAGUCUAAGACCGCUCGUGCUUGUUAUGAGAUAGCUGCCGAGCAUCGCUGGACAUUGACAGGUACGCCGAUCGUCAAUCGCUUGGAAGACCUCUUCAGUCUGGUACGCUUCCUCCGCGUGGAGCCAUGGAGCAACUUCUCGUUCUGGAAGACAUUCAUUACUGUGCCUUUCGAGUCCAAGGACUACGUUCGAGCAUUGGACGUGGUACAAACCGUUCUCGAGCCACUAGUCUUGCGCCGAACAAAGGACAUGAAGACGCCAGAUGGUGAGGCGCUGGUCCCGCUACCGCCACGAACUAUCGACAUUCAGAAGAUUGAGCUCUCAAAGGUAGAGCGUGAUCUCUACGAUCACAUUUUCGCCCGAGCCAAGAGGACGUUCGCCGCCAAUGUCGAGGCUGGAACAUUAAUGAAGUCCUACACGACUAUCUUCGCACAGAUCCUCCGACUCAGGCAAUCAUGUUGUCACCCGACAUUAGUGCGCAACAAAGCUCUUACUGCAGACGAAGAUGAUGCGGCAGCAGCGAUUGACGUUGCCAAUGGCCUAGCUGAUGACAUGGACUUGCAAUCCUUGAUUCAACGUUUCGAAUCUGAAGCCGAAGAGGAAGAUGCAAGCCGAUUUGGUGCCAAUGUGCUUAAGCAGAUCCAAGCUGAGUCGAAUCAUGAAUGCCCUAUCUGUUUUGAGGAGCCCAUGGAAGAGCAAUCUGUCACAGGCUGUUGGCACAGUGCUUGCAAGAAGUGUCUGCUUGAGUUGAUCGAAAAUGCAACCAACAAGAAUGAGUUGCCAUUAUGUUUCAAUUGCCGCGAACCCAUCAAUGCACGCGAUAUUUUCGAAGUCAUCAGACACGAUGACGAUGACGACGAGGAAGCUGCAACCAAAGACAAGUCUCAAAAUAGCUUCGAAGACCUCUACACAGCGACCCAGCCCAGCGACUCAACGGACUCACAAACGCGCCUGCCUCGUGUGUCUCUCCGCCGCGUCAACACCCUCUCCUCAGCCAAAAUCGGCGCUCUCCUAACCCACCUCAAACGCAUCAAAAAGGCCUCCCCUACUACGAAAUCCGUCAUCUUCUCCCAAUUCACUUCUUUCCUCGAUAUCCUCGAACCUGCUCUCGAUGGCGCUUCAAUACCAUAUCUCCGCUUCGACGGCAGCAUGGCCCAAAAAGCCCGCGCCCUCGUUCUCACUGAAUUCGCCGCUCGCCCCAAAGGAUGUGUACUCUUGCUCUCACUCAAAGCUGGUGGUGUAGGCUUAAACUUGACCUGCGCCAGUAACGUAUUCAUGAUGGAUCCAUGGUGGAGUUGGGCAGUGGAAUCACAGGCUAUUGACCGCGUGCACCGUAUGGGUCAAACUGCAGAAGUCAAGAUUGUGCGAUUCGUGGUUGAUCAGAGUAUCGAGGAAAAGAUGCUCAGAGUGCAGGAUAGGAAGAAGUUUAUUGCCAGUUCAUUGGGCAUGAUGAAUGAAGAUGAGAAGAAGACGCAGAGGAUUGAGGAUAUUAGGGAGUUGUUGAGUUAGGUGAGAACUCUAAGAUUGGCCUCUGUUCCGUUCACUUUUCUCCAUGUGUUCUGGCAUACCUUUGCUGUACUGGAUGAGGUUUUAAGCCAUAAUGGUUUAUGGGAGGGAAUGCCAUCGAUUAGAAUUUGAAUCAUAGACUCUCUCGAGCAUUCACGGCAUCACGUAGAUAGGUGUUGACACUGUAUAUAUUAAAUUAUCAUGACUUUCGAACAAGGC